AUGUCCAGCAGCGACAUCUCCGGCAGUAACUACGGCCUAGCCGCACGUUCAUCUACUGGAAACAUUGCUGAGCGUACCACCGUUGCAUGUCUCACCGCAAUCGCCUGGUACAACGCAUUGGAACUUAUCGUCCUUUGUUUCACCACCUUUAAACGCUAUGGCGGCUGCUACUUUUGGUGCCUUCUCAUCUCCUCAUUCAGCAUCAUCCCCUUCGGCUUGGGAUACCUCCUCAUUAUCUUCGAUGUCUACGACAGCUAUUUCUCAGUGGCGAUGGAGCUCAUUGCCUGGAUUUGCAUGGUAACCGGUCAAUCGCUGGUUCUUUGGUCACGAUUGCAUCUAGUCGUACAUAGCCCAACCGUCCUUCGCUGGACCCUCGCCAUGAUAAUCGUCGAUGCGAUAAUCUUCCACGUCCCUGCAUCCGUCCUCGAACUCGGCAGCCACUCCAAUAAAGCCGACCUCUUCACGCCAGGCUUCAAUAUUUUCGAGCGCAUCCAAUUGAUCGCCUUCUCCGUCCAAGAAGCAAUACUGUCUAUGAUAUACUCUUGGGAAGCAGUGCGAUUAUUGAACCUCCGGCCCAGGGGUAAUUACCGCGGCACUUUGGUCCAAUUACUGGUGGUCAAUCUUGCGAUGAUCUGCAUGGACGCUGCAAUUAUCGGCGUCCAAUACUCCGGUCUCUUCGAUGUUCACGUUACUCUGAAAGCCUUCGCCUACAGUGUUAAACUCAAAUUAGAAUACGCCAUCCUAGGCAAACUCGUCGACGCCACGACGCAAAAGUUCGGCAGCAGCGUUUCCGCCCCGACCGACCUGUCGGAUUUCGUGGAUCUUUCGCACCAUACCAAUAGCCAGCCACCAGCGGAUAGCGACAGCCAGGCGCGAAUAUGGGACGAUCCGGAAAAUAUUGCUCUGCAGCAGACGCGUGGGUCAUCAAAGUUAUCUUCGGAUCCGCGAGUGAGUGAAACUGCAACGCCUGAUUCGGAUCGGAGCGUACUGCGAUGA